GCUGUUUGUGCUUUCCUCAGGCCCGAAUUGCACCUUCACUUCACUACGUUUCGUCGUCGGUUCUGCGCUUCUUCUAUUUUCGAUCCUCUAUUUUUGAUACCUGUUGGCCCCCUUAAUAUUGUUCGCUGUCUCCGAUGACUUUGCAGGCUCGUAAGCUACUCAAACACAACCCUUACGGCUACGUUCCCACCGAGUGGAUAUGUAUUCUCUUCUUGGUUCUCUUCGCAGUCACCACCGUCCUGCACACUGUUCAAGCGGUCCGGUACCGUCUCUGGUUCCUGCUGUAUACCGCCUGCCUCGCGGGGGUCCUCGAGCUCGUCGGAUGGAGCGGGCGCGAGUGGUCCGCCCACGAUAUCCUGCAGAUGACACCUUACCUCAUGCAGAUAGUAUGCACGAUCAUCGCGCCGACGCCGUUCGUUGCGGCCAUGUUCGUCGUGCUCGGCGAGAUGAUCCGGCGGUUGGGGUCGUGCUAUAGCCGGUUGGGCACGAGGGCGUAUACCAUUGUAUUCUGCAGCUGUGAUGUUAUUGCGUUGGUCAUUCAAGCCGUCGGUGGUGUCUUCGCGUCGACUGCCGUCGCGAGAGGCGAGAGUGCCCAAAACGGCGGUCACAUCAUGCUUGCCGGCAUCUGUUUCCAACUAGGUGCGUUCUCCAAAGUCGCUUCCGCAUGCCGAAGCUGGAUAUAUCCACCCGCAGUGGCCAUCACGUUCUACAUGAUCCUCGCCUCCGAGUUCGUCGUUCGUUGUUUGCUGGACAAGCCGCUGCGUGCGGGCGACAAGACCGUCAAGCCCGCCACGCACACAUUGGACCGCAAGCACGCGAUUAUGCUCGGCGCGCUCGCCUUCGCCAGCAUUUGCAUCUACAUCCGGUCUAUCUAUCGUACGAUUGAACUCGCGGAUGGCUGGACGGGCCACAUCAUCAGGACGCAGCGUUACUUCGACUGGCUGGACGGCGGGAUGGUCGCGUUCGCGAUGUUCACCCUCAACUCCGUGCACCCGGGCGUGUUCCUCGGCCCGGGAAGGACGUGGAACGCGAAGGCAGACGCGCCAGUGUCACAGGUAGAGGCGAUUUGUCUGGAUAACCAGAGCGGGUAUGCGAGCAGGGAGACCUUGCAUGCGAAGAUGCAGAGGUUGUACCAUGCAGAGGGUGCGGUGUGAGAUGCGACGAAGCAGAUCUGGACG